AUGUCAUUGUUUCUAUGCAUACUCCUGUUUUUUCUUCACCCUAAUGCAAAUGCGGAAAAUACUUUAUGCCGAAUGAUGGGAGAUCCUAAAUAUCCACUGCUGUCUAAGGAUGGAGACAUAAAUAUUGGAGCAAUUUUUGCUGUCCACAGCAAGGAAACUUUACCUUCAUUUGAGUUCAGACAAAAACCUCAGCUUCUGUCAUGCUCUAGUGUGACUCUUAGGGACUUUCGACUGGCUCAAAUCAUGAUUUUUGCAAUUGAGGAAAUUAAUAGAAAUGAAAGUUUGCUUCAAAAUGUUUCUAUUGGUUAUAAAAUCUAUGAUACCUGUGGAUCAAGACUGUCUUCUAUGAGUGCAACUAUGGCAUUGCUAAAUGGUCAGGAGUUUGCAGCAGGGGGGAAAUGUUAUGGACAGUCUCCUAUACACGCUAUCAUAGGGGAAACAGAGUCUUCUGCCACAGUGAUUUUGUCCAGAACCACGGGACCUUUUAAAAUUCCAGUGAUAAGUCACUCAGCCUCGUGUGAGUGUCUCAGUAAUAGGGAAGAUUACCCCUCUUUCUUCAGGACUAUUGCUAGUGAUUAUCACCAAGGCAGAGCACUUGCACUUUUGGUUAAGCACGUAGGCUGGACUUGGGUUGGAGCUGUGAACAGUGACAAUGACUAUGGAAACUAUGGAAUGGCCAUUUUCCUGAAUUCAGCCAAGAAAGAUGGGAUUUGUGUAGAGUACUCUGUGAAAUUUUACAGAACAGAGUCUGAAAAACUCCAAAAAGUGAUAAACACAAUAAAACAAGGAACAGCGAAAGUAAUAGUAGCAUUUGUUUCAUUUAUUGAAAUGGGAUUACUAAUUGAGCAACUAAGUAUUCAUAACAUUACAGGCCUCCAAAUAAUUGGAGUCGAGGGAUGGGUGGCUUCAAAGAACUACAUCACUUUAAACAGCUUUAAUGUGAUGAAAGGUUCACUUGGGUUUGCACUGAGAAAAAUCUACAUUGAAGGUUUUUCAGAUUAUGUUAUUAAAUCAUUCUGGGACACAGCUUUUCCGUGCUCACAACGACAUGUGAAUUCUUCUCAAAUUGAAUUAAAUUGCAGCAGAUAUCAGGAUCUACUUGUGUUAAGAAACUACAAUGAAGAUGUGCCUGAAUAUAGAUAUUCAAGCCAUGUCUACAAAGCAGUGUAUGCUGUGGCUUAUGCACUAGACAGUAUAAUUAAGUGCAAAGGACAAGAAGUCUGUGAAAAAACACUGACAAUAAAACCACAACAGGUGGUUGAAGCUCUGAAAAAGGUCAAUUUUACUGUGAAGUUUGGUGAUAAUGUGUGGUUUGACAGCACUGGCGCUGCAGUAGCCCAGUAUGAAGUUGUGAACUGGCAGCAGGACUUAAAUGGAUCAUUUCAGUUCAAAUCAGUGGGUUACUAUGAUGCCUCACUGCCACCUGACCAGCGCUUUGUACUCAACACUGAAAACAUAAUCUGGGCUGGAGGACAACUGGAGAAGCCAAGGUCUGUGUGCAGUGAGAGUUGUCCUCCAGGCACAAGGAAGGCUGUACAGAAAGGAAGACCUGUCUGCUGUUAUGACUGUAUUGCAUGUGCAGAUGGAGAAAUCAGUAAUGAGACAGAUUCAAAUAACUGCCAGCAGUGUCCAGGGGAAUACUGGUCUAAUACUGAGAACACUGAAUGUGUGUUAAAGGCUGUUGAGUUUCUGUCAUUCACAGAAGUUAUGGGUAUAGUGUUAGUCUUUUUCUCUCUGUUUGGAGUAGGAAUAACUGUACUGGUGGCCAUCCUGUUUUACAGUAAGAAGGACACUCCCAUAGUAAAAGCCAACAACUCAGAGCUGAGCUUCCUGUUGCUCUUCUCAUUGACUCUGUGUUUUCUCUGUUCACUUACUUUCAUUGGUCGCCCCACUGAGUGGUCCUGUAUGUUGCGUCACACAGCAUUUGGGAUCACUUUUGUCCUCUGUAUCUCCUGUGUUCUGGGGAAAACAAUAGUGGUGUUAAUGGCAUUUAAGGCCACACUUCCAGGAAGUAAUGUCAUGAAAUGGUUUGGGCCUGCACAACAAAGACUCAGUGUUUUUGCCUUUACACUUAUACAAGUUCUUAUCUGUGUGCUUUGGCUAACAUUAUCUCCUCCUUUCCCCUAUAAAAAUAUGAAAUAUUUUAAGGAGAAGAUCAUUCUUGAAUGCAGUUUGGGUUCUGCUGUAGGUUUCUGGGCUGUGUUGGGUUAUAUUGGCCUUCUGGCUCUCUUGUGCUUCAUUCUGGCUUUUCUAGCUCGGACGCUGCCUGAUAACUUUAAUGAAGCUAAAUUCAUCACAUUCAGUAUGCUCAUAUUCUGUGCUGUUUGGAUCACAUUUAUCCCAGCUUAUGUCAGUUCACCUGGAAAAUUUACUGUAGCUGUGGAGAUAUUUGCCAUUUUAGCAUCAAGCUUUGGUUUACUAUUCUGCAUAUUUGCACCUAAAUGUUACAUCAUUCUUUUUAAGCCCAAACAAAAUACAAAGCAACAUUUGAUGGGGAAAACACAAACUAAGUCCUGUUAA